UCAGUUAAAUACGUUCAGUCAUACAGAUCAGAUCACAAUGAGUUGGGAAGAACGAACUAAAUGGCAAGGGUGGAUAACGGCAUAUUUUACAAAAGAGAAAAACUUUUAUGCACGGUGUCGAAAUCGAUCUUGUCGAAAGCCCUGUACAUACGUGAGCAGUCUAACUAAAUUUAAGGAUCACGUAAAUAAAACACAUUCAAAUAUUUAUAAUCAUGAAGAGGCCAACAGAAACCAGUUCGGGUGGAAAUAUUUUAUACUAACAGAAGAAAACGCCACAAUAUGUAUUUUAUGUAAUAUACUCAUAACUGAAUUUCCACAAAACGAGAUAUUAAUCAAACACGUAAAUGAGCAUGCAAAAAAAGGACAAUAUAUAGACAAAAGAAGAGAUUGGUUUUGGAAAUACUUAUAUCAAGUUGGAGAUUUUUCUGCUAAAUGUAAGCUGUGUCCAAAUAAAAACGAAGAAUUUAAUUUUUAUUUAACCACUUUAAGCUUGAAAGCGCACAUGAAGGCACAUGAAAACGAGCAAACAAAAUUAACAGAAGAGUGGACAUAUUUAAUUGAAAACAACUACUUUUUGAACAAAUGUUACGUAAAGUCUGUGAAUUUUCGAGCAGAAUGUCAAUUUUGCAAACGCAACUUUGUAUGUGUCCCGGCUAUUGUGCUUAAAACACACAUACAGGAGCAUGACAAUAUUUACAGAAUUGAAGAGAAUGAAAAAAUUGGCACGAAACUUGGCAAGAUCUGGUCAUAUUUUAGGUUUACGAAAAAUGAAGCAAUAGACGAAAUAGAAUGUAUGAUAUGUAAAGACACUCUGUCAAAUGACCAAAUGGAAAAUCACGCAAAAACUCAUAAUCUACAAAAACUAAUACCCUGUAACUUUGACGAUUGGGCUUUUAAAUACGCAAGAGAAGAAGAAGAUUUUCUGAAAUGUACGAUUUGUGAUGCAGAUGAGUGGAAAUGUUUGAGGUACACAUAUGACAUGGAAAUAAGUCGAAGUAUAGAAUGCGUGAUAUGUCAUCAACAAGAUGUCAUGAUUAAUCAUCGUUGUUCACAAGACCUAAAACCCUAUUCUCAACAUUGGGUAUUUAAAUACGCGAGACAAGAUAGAAGUAAUGCAUAUUGUACGAUAUGUGGACAAAAUAUAAACUAUGAUUAUGACUUCGAUACUUUAAAAAACCACAUGUCACUUGAACAUCAAGAGAAAUGGAAAACAAUAGAACAAGAAGAACAAAUAAAACAACAAGAUUUGGAACAAGGAACAGCACACGAUGAAGCUGGACCGUCGACAAGCUACGCAAGUUAAAAGAAAAACGAUCAUGUUUAUAUAAAUUUAUCUACAUUCGACAAUGGAAAUGAUGGUAGCGGCAUUUUUAAGUAGCAUCUCAUGACCAGCGAUAACGAAAGUCUUGACUUUGAUCUAAGUGAUUUGAAAUACAUGAAGACAUUAGCGUAUAAUUUGACUUAUUUGUUGCAUAU